AUGGCGCCGGAGUUUGAUAGCAGAUGGGAGCGGAGGACAUGGCCUGAACUCAAGCGGUUAGCUGCCGAGGUGCCAGAAGCAGGCAUUCACUUUCAGAAGAGCUUAGUCUUCAGGCGCAAGAAGGAUAUUGAGGCCGGCGGCAAUCCCUACGACGCCCUCUACGCAGUAGAUCCGUGGUACCGUGACCUCCUUCCCGACUUCCGCGACUUGCGCGCGGACGAGCUCCCCGCCAACGCCCACUCGGGCUCCGAAUUCACCUCGGUCUGCAUCAACACAGCGCUCUAUCUACCCUGGCUCGUUGGCCAGUGCCGGAAAAACGGCGUCGUUUUCAAGCGCGGUGUUAUCGCACACAUCCACGAGCUUAAGGCGCUCCACCACUCUGGCAAGCCCGCCGACAUCAUCGUCAACAGCUCGGGGCUGCUGGCAUGCAAGUUGGGCGGCGUGGAGGACAAGAAGGUGCAGGCGGCCAGGGGCCAGGUCGUGGUAGUCAGGAACGAGAUCGAGCCGAUGGCGACCAUCUCCGGCACCGACGACGGGCCGACGGAGGUGUGUUACAUGAUGACGCGGGCGGCCGGCGGCGGAACGGUCCUCGGUGGGACGUACGACAAGGGCAACUGGGACCCGAACCCGGACCCGAACAUUGCGAACCGCAUCAUGAAGCGGUGCGUGGAUUUGUGCCCGGCCUUGACGGGCGGCAAGGGCGUCGAGGCGCUGGAUGUCAUCCGUCACGGCGUUGGGCUGCGGCCGUACCGCGAGGGCGGCGUCAGGCUCGAGACCGACAAGGCAACAUUCGAGGACGGAACGCCAAUCGUGCACAACUAUGGCCACGCCGGCUGGGGAUACCAGGGAUCGUAUGGUUGUGCCGAAAGGGUUGUUGAGUUGGUAAACGAGAUCCGUGCUGAGAAGGGGGAGAAGUUGGUGAAUGAGCCUAGGAUUUUCUCCUGGGACCGGGCUAGCAAGUUGUAA